GUUACUGAGUCGCCUCUGAAGGUGUGUAUGUGUAUAAAACAUAAACGCGUAUAUAGAUAUAUAUUUGCAGAUUCUGGACGGCAGUAUUUCAGGGGAUUGUCAAAACUCAUUGUGGGUUUUCUUGCUGACGAGCGUAUUUUUGUUGCCGUGGUGACUGUGGGGGCGGGUGCUUGUCAUGGGUGUCUGCUGUCAUGCCUGGCACACCUCUGUAUUUUGACCAGAUAGGCUCUGGGCGUCCCCCAUGCGCGCCCAUCUUCAACAAGUGCUGUAUGGUUGCCCACUUGUUUAAGGGGCACUGGGAGUCUCCUGAGGCUGUGCACCCUUCUGCCUGUUGACUCCUGGUCUCUCUGUUCCGGAAGUUUGUUCUUACAAACAUUUCUCUGCUAGAUGGAGCCGAUCUCCCCUUGAAGGAGUUCUGUGCCCAGAUGAGCAAGGGGUGCGGGCAGCCAGGUGCAGCAGGUGGUUCUGGGGGAGAGACAAACACUUCCCCACAUUCCAGAGAGGUGGCCCAUCUGUAUCCAGGACACUCUUUCCUAGGAUUUCUUUACACUGAAGUGACCCCACCUUAUAAUCAUGUUUUCAAUUGGAAGUGUGAACAGCUAUAAACCAUUCCUUUUAAUAGACGGUGGGCCCAGUAAAGGUCAGAUUAUAUCUGGUUUCUUGCUUAUUUCCAGAGGCUGUCUUUAGUGCUGCCUACUGGGCAAACUUAGGUCUGUGCUAAUCGCUUCCCUUCCAUGAAUUCCCUGCGGGCCUUGACCGUUAGUUUGUUUGAAUGGAGCGACGUGGCCAGGUGAGGCUGUCCGAACGGAAUAACAGCAGGAAUUCUGCCUAUUCUCCAUCAUUCCUUAAUCAUCUCAUCCCGUCGCCUCCGGGGACAGUCUUGGGAAUGACCACGGAAUGUGUGCUUAACACCCGACGGCGUUUCUGUAUCUCACAUGUCUGUUUUUGUCUUCCCAGUGUAAAAAUGUGUCAGGGAAGGUAACCGUUAGCGUACACCAAGUGGCACCGCUGUCUAGUGAAAAUAAAAAACAGGCUGACAUACAUUAUAUUUCAGUACUGACAGGUUUUAACAUUCCUGAUCACUAACCCCUUUACCUGUGGGCACGUCCGUGUGACCGUGUCUGUGUCAUUCUGCUCCUAUAUUGAGCGUAACCUGCCCCCCCCCCCCUCAAACCUCCCCUACAUGGUAAUGCUUUCAGGCUUGCUAAAAAUAUUAAGGUUAUAGGUCAUUACUGGUAUGAAUUUCAGUGCUUUGAGUACUCUGUCAUCUUCCAUAGUGCUUCAGCGUGAGUAAAUCUCAGCCUGAGGCGAGAUCGUGGUGAGUGAGGUGAACUUCGUAAGGAAGUGCAUGGGGACCGGCUGCAGCCAGGACGACCUGUGGGGGAAGCUGAUAUGCACCAAUUUCAAGGUUUCCUUCGUGAGCCACGAGGUGCUGGACCGACAGGUAUUUCAGUACCGGAACCGCCUACUGGGCGACCAUGACGUGCCUCUGGCGUGUGUGGAGCAGCUGGUUACAGUGAAUGAAGCGAAGGGGAAGCAGAAGGUCCUGUUAUCCAAUCGAAAGUUGAAGUUCAGCCCUACCGAGCUGGUCCUCUACUGCAAGGACCUGCGCGUCCUGCGGUUCCGUUUCGAUGAGGCCGGCCCCGAAAGCAGCAGGAAGGUGUGCCUGGCCAUCGCCCACUACGCCCAACCCACAGAUCCCCGGCUGCUCUUUGGCUUUGAGUACGUGGGGAAGCUGUACCGCCCUCCCGCAGGUGAGCACGGGGGGCGGCUGCAGACCCCACUCUUCAUCUGCCCCUCUGACUGGGACCGGGAGGUCAAGCGCACUGGAGCGACCGAGUGGAGGGUGUGCUCUGUCAACGAGGGCUAUGCCGUCUCUCCCAGCCUCCCAGAGCACUUUGUGGUUCCUGCAUCGCUGGCAGAUCAGGACCUUAAGCAGCUGUCCUGCUCCUUCGUGGGCCAGCGUCUCCCACUGUGGUGCUGGAACCACCUGAACGGCAGCGCCCUUGUGCGCACAGCCGGCAUCAGGGACGUGGCAGAGCAGAGGAAGCUGGAGCAGAGGGUCUGCAACGCUAUCACUAAGAGCCACCCGAAACGCAGCAGUGCGCACAAGGUCCACCUGGACAGGAGCCUGCCCAGCAUCCGGGAUGUCCGGGCCUCCUUUGUCAGACUGAGGCAGCUCUGUGCAAUUGGGCCCUACCAGGAGUCCGAGGACAAGUGGCUGUCGUCUGUAGAGAGCACGGGAUGGUUGGACAAUGUCAGGGCCUUCCUGCAGCAGUCAGUGGAGGUGGUGUACAUGCUGGAGGGGAAACACGUGUCCGUCAUCCUGCAAGAGGAGGAGGACCGGGACCUGAGCUGCGUGAUCUCCUGCCUGGUUCAGCUGAUGCUGGACCCCCACUUCCGCAGCUUGGUGGGCUUCCAGAGCCUGGUGCAGAAGGAGUGGGUGAUGGGGGGCCACCGGUUCCUGGACCGAUGUAACCACCUGAAGAGGAGCGAAGGAGAGGAGUCUCCCAUGUUCCUCCUCUUCCUGGACUGCGUGUGGCAGCUGAUGCGCCAGCACCCCGCCGCCUUCGAAUUCACGGAGAUCUACCUGGCUGUGCUGUGUGACAGCAUGUGGAUCCCCGUCUUCAGCACCUUCCUCUUCAACUGCCCCCGUCAGUGGGCGGAGUAUAGCCAAGAUUUCACCCAGAGCGGGCAGCAGGGGGAGGACAGGGCCGUCCGCUUCCCCCCAGUGUGGGACUGGUCACAGCAGUUCAGCCUGAGGGACCAGACUUUGUUUAACAGCCCCAUGUAUGUGGGCAAGGGUGUGGCUGCACGUGUGCAGAAUGGGGGGGUGAGGACUUUCAGACGCGCCAAGCCGAAGAUCUAUAGCUCCAUGGUCCGGGGGACGGCGUCCAUGCAGAACGGCGUGCUGGGGGCGCACGCCACCCUCCCGCGGCGGAACUCCCUGGUGCUGCGGCUGCUUUCCGGCUCGGAGACGCCCGCGCAGCCCGACAGCCCGGAUAGCGCCUCGCAGUGCUUCGUGCGGGACUGGCUAUCGCGGCCCGCCGACCCCCACGGACUGCUGCUGCCCGAGCUGCUGCCCUCACACCUGCAGCUGUGGAGGUUCUACUUCCUGCGCUGGGUCUCCGAGGCCCGCAUCGCCCGGGGCGGCCCAAUCACAGCCCUCCACAGAUUAUCCCUAUUGGUUGACGAGAUCGAGACUCUGCAGGCCAGGCUGCGGCAGUACGGGGGCACCUCCACACCCCCCGGACUCCCCCCUGGCAGUCCCGACCCGGGACUCACCCACAGGAUGCCAUCGGAGCAAAGCAAGAUGUACUUCAAGACGGGGCCCCUGGCCGGUCCCCCCCAACAGCCUGAGUACCUAAGCUCCUCAUUUCCCUUCUCCCCAGUGGGGAACCUAAGCCGGCCCAGCACGCUGGGAACCCCACUCAGCAAGCUCCUCAGCGGGGCCGGGCUCUAGAGCACCAUCAACUGGACAACUUGAAUCACUGCAGCGGCCUGGCUCAUGGUGUACCGGAGGACCUUUCAGGUUUUGGCGGUGAAGGAGAACUGAUGAGGAGUCAAGGUGAAGGGCAGAAAUGUUUCUCAUAGCUGUGCUGUUCUUUUUUGUUGGUGGUGUUUGCACAAAUAGCUGAAAUCGCACAUUUUUAUACUUACUGCACACUUUCCCCUCACAGUUGCCAGGUUUCUGUUGGUAAUUAGACUUUCUCUUAUAUUGUUUUUGACCCGUAUGGAUGGGUCAGUUCUGGGCUCAUGAAAUGCAGCAUAUUUUGAAAGAAAUUGAAUCCCCGGGUAGCAAACCUCAGAAGGUGUGCUGUGUGAGUCAUAGCGCUGGGCCUGUGAUCGGAAGGUUGCCGGUUCGAAUCCCUGGGUCAGUAGUGUCAUUAGUCUUUCGGGUCCUUGAGUAAGAUCGUUUUAACCCCCAGUUGCUCCAGGGAUCCUGCUUUUGUGUAAAAGCACCUGCUGAGUAAUUAAGAUGUAAAUCUAACUUAGUGUUACUUGGAAUAGAAGACCCUUAGUUUCCCUGCGUUGGCCCAUAUUUAUCCAGCUCUUACGCCUGUAUGAAAUGAGACCUGGGCUGUUGGCUUGGGAGGAGCUCAGACGUCAUGCAGACCUGCCAAGGCUGCUGCUGCUGCUGAACCUGACCACUUCCUAUCUGAAAACCGCGCUGCCCAGGAUGUCGGCUGCCUGCUGCAGUGUCCCCCGUGGGGUCCCCUUCCAGGCUGCUGGGGUGUCCCCCGUGGGGUCCCCUUCCAGGCUGCUGGGGUGUCCCCCAUUGGGUCCCCUUCCAGGCUGCUGGGGUGUCCCCCGUGGGUUCCCCUUCCAGGCUGCUCGAGUGUCCCCCUUGGGGUCCCCUUCCAGGCUGCUGGGGUGCCCGUAGUUCACAGCUGGAUGCCUUUGAUUGGGUUUUGUUGUUGUUCCCCUUGUCCACACUUUGGUAGUCACUAGCAUUAAUCCCAAGCGGGUUUUGUCCAUCACUUCUCAUCUUUGAAGGUCCACUGGUGGUGUUGGUCUUAAAUUGUUCUGGUUAACUUAAAGGUUCUGCUGCUUUUAUUGACAAGUUUAAUUUGACUUUACCUUAACUUUCUAACGUUUGUGUAGAACGACUUGAGCCAGCUUUUUGUUGGAUGUGUUCUAGAUGAUGACACUAACUGUUAUAAAGCAGUGAGAUGGACGCUUUGGACAGAAAGCAGCAGUCCAGUGAGCGCCACUGCAAAAGCAUCCUGUCUGCCCGCUCAGGGCACUGUGGAUGGGGCCGGGCCCAUCUGGGCCAGUGCUGGGGGGGGUGUCUGAGUUAUGGAGAUGGGGGUCCCUCUCAUCCCGAUCUCGCAGGGAUGAUGCGUGAGAGAUGCUUGGUUUGUUUCUGCAGCCACCAUGUAUGAAUCCUGUCUAAUAUUUAAUACCAUGGUCUGAUGUGAAAUAAAAACGGUUUUAACAUUAA